AUGGCCCAAUCCACCGCCCACCGCCGCCUCCUCCAAGAGUACCGCGCCCUCACCAACAACCCCCCCGACGGCAUCACCGCCGGCCCCGUCUCAGAAGAUGACCUCCUCCACUGGGAGGCGCUAAUCCAAGGGCCCGAGGGAACCCCCUUUGAAGGCGGCGUCUUCCCCGCGGAGCUCAAGUUCCCCAAGGACUAUCCGCUUGCCCCGCCUACUAUGCGCUUCCUGACAGACAUAUGGCAUCCCAAUAUCUACACGAGCGGCCUCGUCUGCAUUUCCAUCCUCCACGCCCCCGGCGACGACCCAAACCACUACGAGCACGCCUCCGAGCGCUGGUCCCCCAUCCAAUCCGUCGAGAAGAUCCUCAUCAGCGUCAUGAGCAUGCUCGCCGAGCCCAACGACGAGAGUCCCGCCAACGUCGAAGCCGCUAAGAUGUGGAGGGAGAGGAGGGAGGACUACGAGAAGAAGGUGAGGGAUGAUGUCAGGAAGAUGCUGGGCUUGUAA